AUGGCAGACAAGACCUCGCUCAUCUUGCUCAGCAUAUUCGUAAUCGCUGCGAUCAAAGUCGUCCAGGUCGUUCACAGGCGUUACUUCACACCAGUCGGCCGCCUUCGCGGCCCGCCUUCCGAAAGCCUGCUCUUCGGAAACAUGCGCACCCUGAACAACGCUGCUCGUCAACAUGUCUAUCUAUCCUGGGCCGACCAGUGGGGCUCCACGUUCCGCAUCAAUAGCUGGUUGAGCGCCUCUGCAGUCUUCAGCUUAGACCCUAAACUGAUCCAUCACGUCUUGACUCAUGAUAUGAUAUUCUGGAAGACUGAAGAAGCUCGCAGUAACUUGUCGAGUUUGCUGGGCAAAGGAGCUUUAUUUGUACCAUCUCAUCAUUUGACAUCCUACACAGCGGCGGAUCAUGGUAUGGUAGACAAUCCCGCUUUCGGACCUACUCAGGUACGGGAAUUGACGGAGAUUUUCCUCGAGUCGUCCACAAACCUGGUCAAAUACUGGACCAAUGUCCCAGUCUCCGACGAUGGAAGUCGCCGGAUUGAGACGAUCGACGGCCUGGGCAAGAUGACGCUCGAUGUCAUUGGACUCGCAGGCUUCGACUAUGAAUUCGACGCCAUGAAUCCAGCUGUCGAAGAUCCGGUCCGUCGUGCAUUCAAGAAGGUGACCUCAAGACCGCCUAAGGGGAACGCCUUCGCGGUGUUGCGUCUUUUCAUCCCCUCGAACCUCUUGACCAGCAUCGUGAGGAGGCCAUUCGGCAACGUCAAGGCAAUGUUUGAUGCGCAAAACACAAUGAUGGAGCUCGGGAGAAAAAUGCUCGAGAAGAAGAAAUCUCAGUACAGCGGCGGCGUAGAGAAGAGGGAUGUCCAAGGUCGCGACCUCCUUUCCCUCCUUUUCAAGGCGAACAUGGCCACCGACAUACCAGAGGACCAGCGCCUCUCCGACGAGGAAGUAUUGGCUCAGGUGCCCACGUUCCUCAUCGCCGGUCACGAAACGACCUCAACCUCGACAACCUGGUGCCUGUACGCUCUCUGCAAAGCCCCGCAUAUCCAGGCGGCACUCCGCGAAGAGCUGCUCGCCAUGUCCACGGACAUGCCCACGAUGGAGGAGCUCAACGGGCUACCGCUGCUCGAUCGUGUCGUGCGCGAGACACUACGCUUGCACGCGCCGGUCACGAUGAGUCGACGCACAGCUAUGGAGGACGAUGUGCUGCCACUCCAGACUCCUAUCGUGGAUCUGAAUGGGAAGACAAUGACAGAGGUUCCGGUCAAGAAGGGCGAGCUUAUCGUGGUUCCGAUCCUCGCCCUGAACACGUCGAAGGCGAUCUGGGGGCCUGACGCUUUCGAGUUCAAUCCUGACCGCUGGCUGGAAGAACCCGAGGCCGCGUCGACAAUCCCGGGCGUGUGGGGCCAUCUGAUGACAUUCCUUGGGGGACAACAUGCGUGCAUCGGGUACCGGUUCUCCGUUGUCGAGAUGAAGGCGUUGGUGUUCACUCUCAUUCGCGCAUUUGAGUUCGAAUUCGCCGUCCCUGCGGACGACAUUGUUCCCGUCGGUCUCGUCAUCCAGCGCCCAGGGCUGAAUGGCGCGAAAGAGGAGGGUGCGCAGCUUCCGCUUCUUAUCCGCCCCAUCAAGCGGGAGUGA